AUGGAUUUGAACACAAGUGUUAAAUCUGAGAUGGUGAGCCCUAUAAAAAGAAGCAUGUCCAUGGUGGAUUAUGAUAUUCCAGAGACGAGGAAACGUGUGAAAAGACGAAGAAGGUCACACCCUGCAGUUGCACUGAAUGAUAACACUGCCCAACAAAGUGAGAAGCAGAAAAUAGACUCAUCUAAAGUUGAUCAAAAUAUUGCUCAUACACCUACUGUGAAGAGAAGUUCAAGAUUCAGAGGAGUUAGCAGGCAUCGAUGGACGGGGCGUUAUGAGGCUCAUUUGUGGGACAAGGCUUCUUGGAAUGUAACUCAGAAAAAGAAAGGAAAACAAGUCUAUCUAGGAGCAUAUGAUGAAGAAGAAUCUGCAGCCAGAGCCUAUGAUUUGGCUGCAAUUAAGUACUGGGGCACAUCAACUUUCACUAAUUUUCCAAUAUCUGAUUAUGAGAAAGAAAUUGAAAUAAUGCAAACUGUGACCAAGGAGGAGUACUUAGCCUCAUUAAGAAGGAGAAGCAGUGGUUUUGCCCGAGGUGUAUCUAAAUACAGAGGAGUGGCAAGGCAUCAUCACAAUGGCAGAUGGGAAGCAAGAAUAGGACGAGUUUUUGGUAACAAAUACCUCUACUUAGGUACUUACAGUACUCAAGAGGAAGCAGCUCGAGCUUAUGAUAUUGCUGCAAUUGAAUACAGAGGGAUUAACGCGGUGACUAACUUUGACUUAAGCACUUAUAUUAGAUGGCUAAAACCUGGUGCCAAUACUCAGAUGGCAUUCCAAGAAUUAAGAUCAGAAAAUCAGGCUAUACAAACCAAGAGUAACGACAUGAUUAACCCGAUAAAUGAUCCUCAAUUCACUUUUGGCUCCAAUUAUUUUACCACAACUAGAGAAACUCUGCCCCCUAUUCCACAAAGCCAAGAACCUAUUGAGAGAAAAAUGCCCUUAAGUCCAUGCAACAAGUCGUCUUCGCCUACAGCUCUCAGCCUUCUGCUCCGAUCCUCCAUGUAUCGCAAGCUCGUGGAGAAGAAUUCCACCACUAGUACUGAUGAAAAGGACGAGUCAAACAUGAACAACAAAGAAAAAUUAAACAUAGAAGAUGAGUUUGUGUUUUAUUCAAGUGAUAAGUUGCCUGCAUUGGAGUCAAUGGGGAACGGUAUUACUUCGUCUCAUUUGUGUGAUAGAGCAGGGCAGUCCUUUUGGAAUGUGAUGCCUUAA